CACUGAGUGAGGCCAGGGAUUGAACCUGUUUCCUCAUGGAUACUGGUUAGAUUCAUUUCCACUAAGCCAUGAUGGGAACGCCAAAAGCUAAUUAUUUCAUUAAAUAUGAGCUUUUGAAAACAGGUUGCUUUAAGAUUAUGAAUGACAAAAUAGGAAGCAUGCAUAGAAACACAUCUGCUCUGUACCAAGGAAUAGUUGUUGUCUGGAGAAAAAGCACUGAUGUGGUUUUCUUGGAAUUGUGAGCCCCUCCAGCUGCGUAUUUUCACAGGAUACCGUUUUUACUUGAAAGAAUGACAGAAAACUAUGGUUACUCAGACUUGACAUUUGAUAGUGUUUCCUUAGAAACAAAGUGAGCCUAUCCCUUCAAGAAAAACAACUGAUGGUGUUUGUUACUAAUUAUAAUAAGCCUAGCUUUCAUAAAAAAAUUAAAAUUUUGAAAAACGUGUCUGCCAGCCUGACCGUGACAGUUUCUUAAUACUUAAAUUUAUGAGAUUAUUGACAAUAUUAACAAAGGUUAUUUUCGUAACAUUGUUGAAUGAAAUAUGAAAUUUUAAAAAUGAGUGAGAAGUCCAUUCAGAGUGUAUGACAGACCAGUGCAUUUUAAUGUAGCAGUAUGUACAGUGUUCAUUGGAAAUAGUUUUAGAUUUCACUUUACAACCUAACCUUUAAGAAGUGACUACUUGAGUUUAGUGACGUAUUAGGAACAUCCAGUUCCCUGGAAAGCGUGUGAAGACACUCUUCUCUUUUCCAGCAGAGUAUUUGUGUGAACCUGAAUUUUUUGUGUGUGUGUGUGUUGUUCAAAUAACAAAUCAUCUGAGACUGAUCACUGAAGUAGAUAUGAGAAUCCAUGUCUUUCUGUGAAAUCAGAUAUUGAGAUGUGCAAAACUGUAAAAGCUAUUCUCAGUCUUGUUUUGUUUUUGAAAAAAGUUUUUAAUUAAAAUGUUAUUUAUGUUAACAUGUAAUGGCCUUAUUAUUUUAAAAAAAUGCUUUUAAAGAACUAUUUUAAAGUUUUCUCAUUUUCAUUUCCAGUAUGUUUAGUAUAGAUGGUGAACUUUAUAAACAAGGGCCUUUGAGGUCUUCAAUAAUUUUUAAAGGUGGAAAGAGAUCUUGAGGCCAAAGGUUAGAGAGGUGCUGCUUUUCCUUGUUAGCUGUUGUCCAUAUGGAUACUUGAAUUUGGGAUAAAAUGAUAAUUAAGACCACAAUAUGAUUUAUUCAUGCUAUAAUUAAUAUGAUUACACUAAGUUAGUAUAAAAAUAGAAAUGGUAAAAAGGCAAAACUGUUCAGGUGAAAACAUAUUUGCCUCUUGUCCGAAUUAAGUGAAAUUUAGGGCUAAAAUUUAACUAUGAUGUUGAAAUUUAUUCUCUUAAAAAAAAAAAUCACCCCCAUUACCUAUAUCUUUAGAGUAGGUUCUUUUGAACUAAUGUUAUAGAAAGGUUUCAGUAGACAACUGAUUGCAGCACUUCCCUUUGGUAUUUUCAGUUACAACUAAACGUGUGUAUUGCUUUCCAAAUCUCUUCUGCUGUGACCCUGUGUAAGUUGUAGUUAUUAGCUUGGCAGAUUAGGUAACUUAGAGGCCAGUGAUUGGCUGUACCGUGAAAGCAACUUAGAAGGCUUCAUCUGUGCAACACCCGGUGACCUAAAUCAGGUAUGCCCUCACUGUCCCUGGACUCUUCAAGGGACUUACUGCAUUACAUUAUCAAACACAAGGCAUUUCUGUAUCACUAUGGAAAGACUUCGCCUGGAGAAGAAGUUCCCUGGUCCUGAUGAAGAAGCUGUUGUGGAUCUUGGCAAAACCAGCUCAACUGUGAACACCAAGUUUGAAAAAGAAGAACUAGAAAGUCAUCGAGCUGUGUAUAUAGGUGUUCACGUCCCAUUCAGUAGAGAGAGCCGCCGGCGUCACAGGCAUCGUGGACACAGACAUCACCACCGGAGAAGGAAAGACAAAGACUCAGACAGAGAAGAUGGACGGGAAUCUCCUUCUUAUGACACGCCGUCCCAGAGAGUCCAGUUCAUCCUGGGCACCGAAGAUGACGACGAAGAGCACAUUCCCCACGACCUCUUCACGGAGAUGGAUGAGCUCUGCUACAGAGACGGAGAGGAGUAUGAGUGGAAGGAGACUGCCAGAUGGCUGAAAUUUGAGGAGGAUGUUGAAGAUGGUGGAGACCGGUGGAGUAAACCUUAUGUGGCAACCCUCUCUCUGCACAGCCUUUUUGAACUGAGAAGUUGCAUCCUAAAUGGAACAGUCAUGCUGGAUAUGAGAGCAAGCACUCUAGAUGAAAUAGCAGAUAUGGUGCUGGACAACAUGAUCGCCUCUGGCCAGUUGGAUGAGUCCAUAAGAGAGAAUGUCAGAGAAGCCCUCCUGAAGAGGCAUCAUCACCAGAAUGAGAAAAGGUUCACCAGUCGGAUUCCCCUUGUUCGAUCUUUUGCAGAUAUAGGCAAGAAACAUUCUGACCCUCACUUGCUUGAGAGGAAUGGGGAAGGCCUUUCAGCCUCCCGCCACUCUUUGCGAACAGGUCUGUCUGCCUCAAACCUUUCCUUGAGAGGAGAAUCACCUUUAUCUCUUCUUCUCAGUCAUCUUCUUCCUUCUUCGAGAGCUGGGACCCCUGCAGGCUCGAGGUGUACAACCCCUGUUCCCACCCCUCCACACAGCCCUCCUUCCAGCCCUAGCGUCAGUCGCCUCAACUCCAGAAGUUCCCAGCAGAGUCAGCUUCAGGCCCCAGAGCUACUGGUUUCUCCUGCCAGUGAUGAUAUUCCCACAGUAGUAAUUCAUCCGCCUGAGGAAGACUUAGAAGCACUGAAAGGCCAGGAGCAGAAGAAUGAGGAAAAUGUUGACAUAACUUCAGGUAUGUUGGCCUCUCCACAGUCUGCACCCGGAAACUUGGACAAUAGUAAAAGUGGGGAAAUUAAAGGUAAUGGAAGUGGAGGAAGCAGAGAAAAUAGUACUGUUGACUUCAGCAAGGUUGAUAUGAAUUUCAUGAGAAAAAUUCCUUCGGGAGCCGAGGCAUCCAAUGUUCUGGUGGGAGAAGUGGAUUUUUUGGAAAGACCUAUCAUUGCGUUUGUGAGACUGGCUCCCGCUGUUCUUCUCUCAGGGCUAACCGAGGUCCCUGUUCCUACAAGGUUUUUGUUUCUGUUACUGGGUCCAGCAGGCAAGGCACCGCAGUACCAUGAAAUCGGACGGUCAAUAGCCACCCUCAUGACGGAUGAGAUUUUUCAUGAUGUAGCUUAUAAAGCAAAAGACAGGAAUGACCUCUUAUCUGGAAUUGAUGAGUUUUUAGAUCAAGUGACUGUCCUCCCUCCAGGAGAGUGGGACCCUUCCAUCCGCAUAGAGCCGCCAAAAAACGUUCCUUCUCAGGAAAAGAGAAAGAUUCCUGUAUUUCCCAAUGGAUCUGCCCCCAGCCUGGGUGAGACCACUAAAGAGGCCGCCCACCAUGCUGGGCCUGAGCUCCAGAGGACUGGACGGCUUUUUGGUGGUUUGAUACUUGACAUCAAAAGGAAAGCACCUUUUUUCUUGAGUGACUUCAAGGAUGCAUUAAGUCUGCAGUGCCUGGCCUCGGUUCUUUUCCUAUACUGUGCCUGUAUGUCUCCUGUAAUCACUUUUGGAGGGCUGCUUGGAGAAGCUACAGAAGGCAGAAUAAGUGCAAUAGAGUCUCUUUUUGGAGCAUCAUUAACUGGGAUUGCCUAUUCGUUGUUUGCUGGGCAACCUCUAACAAUAUUGGGGAGCACAGGUCCAGUUUUAGUGUUUGAAAAAAUUUUAUUUAAAUUCUGCAGAGAUUACCACCUUUCCUAUCUGUCUUUGAGAACAAGUAUUGGUCUGUGGACUUCUUUCUUGUGCAUUGUUUUGGUUGCCACAGAUGCAAGCAGUCUUGUGUGUUACAUCACCCGGUUCACCGAGGAGGCUUUUGCAGCUCUCAUUUGCAUCAUAUUCAUCUACGAGGCUUUGGAGAAGCUCUUUCAUUUAGGAGAAAUAUAUGCAUUUAAUAUGCACAACAAUUUAGAUGAACUGACCAGCUACUCGUGUGUUUGUGUUGAGCCUCCUCACCCUGGCAAUGAAACUCUGAAGGUGUGGGAGGAAAGGAACGUAACAGCUCGGGACAUUCCCUGGGGGAACCUCACUGUUUCUGAAUGUAAAAGCUUUCAUGGUACAUUUGUAGGAUCAGCUUGUAGUCACCAUGGACCUUAUAUUCCAGAUGUGCUCUUUUGGUGUGUCAUCUUAUUUUUCACGACGUUUUUUCUGUCUUCAUUCCUCAAGCAAUUUAAGACCAAGCGCUAUUUUCCUACCAAGGUGCGAUCGACAAUCAGUGACUUUGCUGUAUUUCUCACCAUAGUAAUAAUGGUUGUAAUUGACUACCUUGUAGGAGUUCCAUCUCCUAAGCUUCAUGUUCCUGAAAAAUUCGAGCCUACUGAUGCCAAUAGGGGCUGGAUCAUAAGCCCGCUGGGAGAAAAUCCAUGGUGGACCUUAUUAAUAGCUGCUAUUCCAGCUCUUCUUUGUACCAUUCUCAUCUUUAUGGAUCAACAAAUUACAGCUGUAAUCAUAAACAGAAAGGAACACAAAUUGAAGAAAGGAGCUGGCUAUCAUCUUGAUUUGCUCAUGGUUGGUGUUAUGUUGGGAGUUUGCUCUGUCAUGGGACUUCCAUGGUUUGUGGCUGCAACAGUGUUGUCAAUAAGUCAUGUCAACAGCUUAAAAGUUGAAUCUGAAUGUUCUGCUCCAGGGGAACAACCCAAGUUUUUGGGAAUCCGUGAACAGCGGGUUACAGGGCUAAUGAUUUUUAUUCUAAUGGGCCUGUCUGUGUUCAUGACUUCAGUACUAAAGUUUAUUCCAAUGCCUGUUCUGUAUGGUGUUUUCCUUUAUAUGGGAGUUUCCUCAUUAAAAGGAAUCCAGUUUUUUGACCGCAUAAAAUUAUUUGGAAUGCCUGCUAAGCACCAACCCGACCUGAUUUACCUGCGCUAUGUGCCUCUCUGGAAGGUCCAUAUCUUCACGGUCAUCCAGCUCACCUGUCUGGUCCUCUUGUGGGUGAUAAAAGCUUCAGCUGCUGCAGUCGUUUUCCCCAUGAUGGUUCUUGCAUUAGUCUUUGUACGCAAACUCAUGGAUCUGUGUUUCACAAAGAGAGAGCUUAGUUGGCUUGAUGAUCUUAUGCCAGAAAGUAAGAAAAAGAAAGAAGACGACAAAAAGAAAAAAGAGAAAGAGGAGGCUGAGCGAAUGCUUCACGCUGGUGAAGACACUGUGCACCUUCCAUUUGAAGGGGGAAGCCUCUUGCAGAUUCCAGUUAAGGCCCUGAAAUACAGUGUUGAUCCCUCAGUUGUUAACAUAUCAGAUGAAAUGGCCAAAACUGCACAGUGGAAGGCACUGUCCAUGAAUACUGAGAAUGCCAAAGUAACCAGAUCUAACACGAGCCCUGAAAAACCUGUAAGUGUGAAAAUAAAUAUUGAAGAUGAACCAACAAAGAAAUACAUGGAUGCUGAAACUUCAUUAUAGAAUUGAACCAAGAAGAUUAUGUAUAUAAAUAUACAGAUAUAGAUAUAUAUACAUAUGUGUGUGUAUGUAUAUAUAAUGUAUGUAUCCCAUGUCACUAUGUAUAACAAUAUUGAAUGUCAUGCUAAUUAUGUGUGACUACUGGGUGUUUUGAAAUAGUGUCUGAAGUUUCUUAGGAGCACCAUGGAGACUGUAUAAUGAAAUAGUCUCUUAGAAGUGAGGUACACGGUUCUUACUACUUAAGUAUUUAUUCUGUUGAAAAUUUUUAUUUUCUGUUCUGCAAAUAGAAAAAUGUGGGGAAAUGCUUUCAGUCUUCUUUUCUUUGAAUCUAUUUAUUCAACAGUGGCAAUUCACCAACUUUCGGUGAUAAGUAUUUUGCCCAUAUAUUUACAUUUUUUUAUUGAGUUAUAGAAAUUUUCACAUAUUAUUUCCCUUCUGCUAGUGCAUUGUGGGAAGACCAGGAAGUCUGCCUGUACUGGGUCAUGCAUGGUAUCAGUCAUGGCUGCUGUUUGUGUGUGUGUUUUCCAUGUCCAUGUAAGUCUCCAUGUCCAUGUAAGUCUAUCAUGUUUCACAAGUGAUGGGAACUUUGGCUGUAAAUGUAGAACAGUGGAAACUUUCUAGAUAAGAACUCUCAUUUUGACCUUUAUAUUUUUAAAUUUUGUUUUAAAUCUUAAAAGCCUCCAUUUCUAGGUUUCCCUUCUGAUAGACAAGUAUAAAUGCAGAUGAUCUUAUAAUUUAACCCUCAAACCAGUCAUUGGUUUUUGAAUUUUAGAAGCUAUAAAAUACCACUUUACAAUAGUUAAAUUUUGUUCCCUUUGUAGGGUUUUGUUUUUUUUUUUCCUGAGUCCCAAAUGCCUGCUCUGUUCUCUGCUUUUGCAGUCUUUUACUUCAAAUGUGUUUUAGCUUAUAUCAGGUUCAAGUCCUUGAUUGUUUUGCUAUUAUAGGCAAUAUGAUUAAAUAAUCAGGAGUCAGAAUUCUCUUAAGUGGGUUUAUGAUCAGUAUUACUUUAUUAAGAAUUACCUUUCAUAUUCUAUUUACGUUCUUCCUGUUGUAUAGAUAAUAUUUAAUAGAUUGUUAUCUGUGAUUUCAUUUUAAAAUAUUUUAUUUAUUUUAAUUGAUAUGCUUAAGUAUUUGAAAAAGUAACAAGUGUAGGGUAAAUUGUUAAUGUAAAUAGUUGGUGCUCACUUGCAUUUAUGGUUUAUUAUCUGAAAGCAUUUGAUUUUACAUAUUUGACUUUAUAUAAAGUACUGCCAUAUUUGUAUUUUAAAAGAAAUUGAGACUUGUUAUGUAUAGCUCAGAUUGAUGACAUUCUUCUAUUUUGUGUUUGUCUAUGUUAUUUAGAUUUUGCUUUUCUGAGCUUUUUUAACUUAUAGCAAAUCUUUUUUAGUCAAUCUUUAUAUAUUUUAGCUUCAUAUACAAUAAAUAAAUGUUGUUCUUGCUAAGCCUGUAGGACUGGAUGAAUGGGUUUUUCAAACUGAUUUUGGCAGGAGGAUGAUUUCUAAAAACCAAAUGAGUAUUGAGGAACCACUGAAAUAUUGAGAAUAAUAACAUGAAUAUUAGGAUGAAAAUUUUCAUGAACUUCCAAUGCUCUCUUUAAUCGUUUAUAAUUAAGCACAGAAGUAUGAAGAAUUGGUCUUAGAGAGGAUCAUGAGGAAUGCCAAGAACUGAUAUUUUAGCAAUUCUAGCAAUCCAUUCUAAAGUACUUAACUAAUAUAAUUUCCACAUCUAGGACCGUAUUGUCUGAUUCUAGUUAAAAUAAUGGAUUCAACUUCUUCCUCAUAUGAGAGUUGGAAAUGUAGCUGUUUUUCCUUAGAAAAUAUCAUCAUUUGGUACUGCAUAAAGGAGGGAGCUUUUGUUGGCAGUUGAUAAUGAGUGUUAUCCACGGUGCUUGUUACUGUGUAUGAGCUUCUGCUGAAGCAAUUCCCUUUUAUUCAUAGCAGCAUAAUCAUUUCCAAAGAUCCCAGUAUUUGCUGCUGUAAUUCAGUAAACUCCCUUGAUGAACCUGAACAAGAGGAUUCCCUCAUAUCAUUUCCUUGUGUCUAGACAUCAUAGGGUUAACAAAUAUGGUGAUUUUACAGGAAGCGAUUUUAAAAUUUAAACUGAAAACUGCCUGGGAUCAUAGUAUGUAUGUGAUUUUAUUUAAGUAUGAAUACUAGUUGUUCAGUGCCAGAAGAACCAUGACUUGCAAAAAGGCUUUGCACUCAAAAUAUUUUUAUUUUGUUUGUAACUGUUAAUAAUUUCUGCUUUCUUUUGACUACUUGACUUACAAAAUGAUCUGACUACUGCAUUGAGAAACAGGUAACUUGUUUAUAAGUAAUUGCUUGUUUUAUGUGGUUGUAAUACUUUUCCACUAUUUUUGAAAAAUAAAAAUCAUGGGUAGCAUUCAUUGAAAGAUAGUAAAAAUAUAAUUUACUACAUAUAUUGAUUCUUUAAAUGUUGCCUUAAACAGGUAUAAACGAGCAGUAGGAAUUGCUGUGUACUUAUUUACCUCAAGGUGCAAAAGAAUUAAACCUGUACCUAUUCCAUUGAUAAAAUAAAUUCACAUGAACAGCCCUGCACUUUCUCAGAUGCCUUGGUUUCCAGGAUGGAGCUUAGUGCUACUGAGUACCCUGGCGGCAGAGCCACCUCAGGAUCGUCUUUAUUUAUAGAUGUCUGUUUACAAAGACUAUCAUACAUCCUCAUGUUGACCAUCUGAAAUUUGCUUCCUUUUGAAUGCUAUUUCACUCUAAAAUUGCAGCUUUUGAGAAAACAAUGAACGAAAAACUUCCUUAUGGUAAAAAGAUGCUUUAUAUUCUCUAAUGAUACUAGACGUGCAAAGUGAGGCACACGAUUUUUCUAACGGGUGUGUGUAUCCAUGAGUGUGUUUGUGUGAAUGAUGUUGUCAAGCGUCAGUCUCUCAAGGUGUUUAAAAAAACUGGCAUAUCAUUGUUCGUAUUUGCCAAGUCUGUAAAAUGUAUAAGACAAAAUUUUUCAUGUGCUAAUACAUGUAUUUAUAAAGCAGGUUUCUUUACGACUCAAAAUUACUAUUUUGUUUUCUCCAUCCAAACAAUAUUUGUUUCUUCCACAUAAAGAAGAAAGUGUAUGUGUGUGUGUGUGUAUAUAUAUAUAUAUGUGUAUAUAUAUAUAUAUAUAUAUAUAUAAAAUAGCUUUAUAGCUUUUUUCUUUCACGAAGGCAGGUUCAUAAUUCUGUAAAAAGAAAAAUAGUUUCUGAGUCAGACAUAUGACACCAGAGCUUGCUGUUUUUAUAGGAUUGUAUCAUGUACAUCAGGUCUGUAAAUGUGCUCAGCAGUGUAACAUGUGAAUCCUUUUUAAAGUGCUCAGAUUUUGGAUGUGUAAGCCAUUGAUAUAACAUUGUAAUUAAUUCAAAAUGUUUAAAUUAAAUAAUUUAAUGUUUUAAAUUUAUUUAUGUAGAUCACAUCAUUGUUAUUAUAUGCAGUAGAACUAUGUGAAAUGUCUUUUGGUUUGGUUCAACAGUUAUUUAUUUUUUAGAAUGUAAAUUUAAAGACUUUAAGGACAUUCAAAAUCUAAAAUAGUGUUCACAAUUUGGCAAUUUUAAUGUAAAGUUGGUUCUUUUCUAACUUUUCAAAAAGUGAUGUGAGUGUCAAUAGGAAAACAGUUGGAAAUGGAAUCAUCUAAAGAUCAUUUUUAAGAUUUGUUUUAAUUAGCGUGUAUUGACUUUUAAAGUUGACUUGUAGUAAUCGUUAAUGGUUUUUUUAAAAUCAGAUUUUUGUGUGUUGAUUGAUUUUUGUGUUAUGGCUUUUCUUUUGUUACUUUCAUAUUAAAGGUUUUGUGUUUUUUUGUUGUUGUCAUUUGUUUCGUGAGGGGGUGGUUAUCUUCCAGUGUUUACUAUGUUUAAAUAAAGAGAAAUUGAAUUUUAUUGUUCAUUUAUAUAGUAUUUGAUAGCUUGGUAUAAUAAGAACAGUACAGUUCUAAUUUUUAUGACUUUUGUAAUUACAAUGAUAUUUUCUUUUGUAAUAAAAUCCAAAGUAAAUUAAACAUUUAAAAUGUAGAACUGAUAUUUUUCAUUUAUAUGAACUACAAGUAUCUACCAAGUCUAUAAUGUGAAUAAUCCUUCUUUUCAAAUCUCUUUCAUAAUACUAGACGAAACUAUUUUUUGGAGAUGUUAUUGAAGUUGAAAGAGCAAUAAAAAUCUACUGAAUCAG